GCGGGGCGGCCACUCGCGCCUCUUCUUUCCCCUCCCCGCCUCCCCGCCGCGGCGCUCUGGGGCUCGGCCGUCGACAUGGGCGCCGCCGCGUGGGCACCGUCACACCUGCUGCUGCGGGCGUCUUUUCUGCUUCUGCUGCUGUUGCUGCCGCUGCCGCUCCGCGGGCGGGCGGGGGGCUCCUGGGAUCUGGCCGGUUACCUGCUCUACUGUCCCUGCAUGGGGCGCUUUGGGAACCAGGCCGAUCACUUCUUGGGCUCUCUGGCAUUUGCAAAGCUGCUGAACCGCACCUUGGCUGUACCUCCAUGGAUUGAGUACCAACAUCACAAGCCUCCCUUCACCAACCUCCACGUGUCUUACCAAAAGUACUUCAAACUGGAGCCUCUCCAAGCCUACCAUCGGGUUAUCAGCCUGGAGGACUUCAUGGAAAAGCUGGCACCCUUUCACUGGCCCCCUGAGAAGCGGGUGGCAUACUGCUUUGAGGUGGCAGCCCAGCGAAGUCCUGAUAAGAAGACAUGUCCCAUGAAGGAAGGAAAUCCUUUUGGGCCAUUCUGGGACCAGUUUCAUGUGAGUUUCAAUAAGUCAGAGUUGUUCACAGGCAUUUCCUUCAGCGCCUCCUACAAAGAACAGUGGAUCCAGAGAUUUCCUCCAAAGGAGCAUCCAGUGCUUGCACUACCGGGGGCCCCAGCCCAAUUCCCCGUCCUGGAGGAGCACAGGGAACUCCAGAAGUACAUGGUAUGGUCAGAUGAGAUGGUGAGGACAGGAGAGGCCCAGAUCAGUACCCACCUCGUCCGGCCCUAUGUGGGCAUUCAUCUGCGCAUUGGCUCUGACUGGAAGAAUGCCUGUGCCAUGUUGAAGGAUGGGACUGCAGGGUCACACUUCAUGGCUUCCCCUCAGUGUGUGGGCUACAGCCGCAGCACAGCGACUCCCCUCACCACUACCAUGUGCCUCCCCGACCUGAAGGAAAUCCAACGGGCUGUGAAGCUUUGGGUGAGAGCACUGGAUGCCAGGUCGGUCUACAUCGCCACAGACUCUGAGAGCUAUGUGUCAGAGAUCCAGCAGCUCUUCAAAGAGAAGGUUGAACUACAGCUGCCCAGUGUCUGCUUGCUGAGAGGACCGGGCUGCAGCUGCUGAAUUGUAUUUGGUGUUUGCAACUGGACUGAACUACUGAGAAAGAAGAUCGAGCUCGCCCCUAAAGAACUAUUGCUGAACGGGUCCACUUCCCCCAUAUCCUAAUAACUUUUCCACUACCUCUGCUAGGUGGUGGGCUAGAAGAGAAAUUGAACCCUUAUUAAAAGUAGAUU